GGAACUUCAUCUGAAACAAUGGAGGUUGUUAAAGCUUUACCCUUUAUUGUUUUCUUCAGCUACAGUAAAUGUGAGUCUCUCCAAACAAGUUUACUUCACACAGCCAGGCAGCAUGUUAACGGGCAGGGUCACCUGGAGGAGAACUUAAGAGUCAGUGUCAGCAUUAUGGUGGCUCAGUUUCUUCAGGAUGCAGCUUAUGAGGAAGUCCAAACCGUAGCUCAAGAGCUGCUGGAUCUCGCUGAACAGUGUAAGCGUCUCAGACAACGUGAGUCACCCUCAGAGUGUGCUCAUCAACUGAUGGCUUCCUUCCUUACACAUAUUUGCAACAGCCAAGGACUGGCGGAUGAUCAUGUGUUCUCUGACUGCUGUAAGAUGAAAAAUGCAGCAAGACUCAGGUGCUUCCUGUCGUACAAGAAAGACUUCGAAGACAUUCAUGAUACAAUCCUGAUCACGAGACCGGAACUGACCUGUGAGAUGGCUGAGGAGAGUAAUGUGUCCCUGAAGGCGAGGUUCAGCUAUGAAAUGUCCAGAAGACAUCCAUUCUUAUUCGGACCCACUAUCUUGACCAUGUCUGCAUGCUAUGAAACAGCUGUUCAGUCAUGUUGUCAACAAGAAAAUAAAGCAGAGUGCCUGCAGACAAAGCUAGAACCCAUCAGAAAAUAUAUUAGAGGAAUAUCUGCAAGACAUCACCAUUUAUGUGAAAUUGGGACCAAAUUCAAUGAGAAAGUGGCAAGUGCAGUAGAAUUGAUUCUACUCACUAAAAAGCAACCUAAAGCUAAUUUUUCUGAAAUCGCCAAAUUGACAGUGGAUGUUAAAAAUCUGCAUGAGACCUGCUGUGAAGGGAAUACAUUAGCGUGUGCCCUGGGCAGGCGCCAGCUUAUGAACUACACCUGCUCUAACCAGGCCAUCUUAUCCAGCAAGUUUGCUGAAUGUUGUGAGCAACCAGAACCAUUCCGCGGGGAAUGCAUCAUCAACUCAGAAAAUGACGACAAACCCAACCUUUCACCCCUGCCGCUUACAAGGUUUACCGAAGACCAGUCUGUGUGCGAACAAUUCAGCGGCAACCAGGACAACUUUCUACAAGAGUUUCUUUAUGAGUACUCAAGAAGACACCUGGAGUUGGCAGUUCCUGUCAUCCUAAGAGUUUUUGAAACAUACAAACAUGUACUGGAGAAUUGCUGCAGGUUAGAAAACCCUUCAGAAUGCCACCAGCGUGGGAAAGAGGUGCCUCCAAAGAGUAGUACUGAAAGCCAUGACCGUGUUAAAAACCUACUGUGACUUACACAGGAGCUGGGUGGUAGCAACUUCCAGAACAGGCUCAUGGUACUUUAUACUAGAAAGCCCCACAGCUGCCUGCCCAGGAGUAGUGGUGUUCGCAAAGAAGAUGGCAGCGGCUGCCAGCAGAUGUUGCCCACUAAGGGAUGAGCUGCAGUCGGCCUGUGUGGAGGACCAGGCAAAACUAAUUCUUGGAGAGCUGUGCAGAAGACAUGGCCGGAAGCCUGUUAACACUGCACUGGGACACUGCUGCAACGACUCCUAUGCCUUCAGAAAGCCAUGCUUUGAUGACCUGCAAGUCCAUGGGACUUACAUUUCUCCACCUUUAUCUUGUGACCAAGCCAUAAGCCUUAAAGAGGACUUGUGCCGAGCUCAGGAUGAGGAACUCCAAAUUGAAAAGCAAAAACUCCUCAGUGACCUCGUGAAGCAGAAGCCACACGCAGCAGAGGAGGCGUUCCAUUCCAUUGGCGAGGAUUUUGUGCACCUGGUGGAGAAGUGCUGCCAUGCGCAGAGGAGGGAAGUUUGUUUUCAGGAAGAGGUAUCU